CCUCUGAGAGCCUAUACAUUUUUAUUGCAUGAAAAGAACACUUAAACGGGGCACCGUCGCUUUCUGCUUUUGUGGAUUACGGGUUACCAAUGAAAUUGAUUCAAGACCGAAUGAUUUUGUUCACCUAAGCCUUUGAAUUUCACGUAAAGUAGAUUCGUAUGAAUUGUUUGUAGAAACGCUUGCUUUGUUUUUAGUUGUUAGCAGCUUUUAACAAACAUGGCUCCAACGAUUCAGACACAAGCGCAGCGGGACGACGGCCACAGCAGGCCGUCCUCUCACAGAACUGUACCAGAGAGGUCAGGAAUAGUCUGUCGAGUCAAGUACUGCAACACCCUGCCCGACAUCCCAUUUGAUCCUAAAUUCAUCACUUACCCAUUUGACCAGCACAGAUUUGUUCAGUAUAAAGCCACAUCUCUAGAGAAGCAGCACAAACACGAGCUCUUGACUGAACCCGACCUUGGAGUAACUAUUGACCUGAUCAACCCAGACACUUACCGCAUAGACCCAAACAUACUGUUGGACCCUGCUGAUGAAAAACUGUUGGAAGAAGAUAUUCAGGCUCCUUCCAGCUCAAAGAGGUCACAACAGCACGCCAAAGUGGUGCCAUGGAUGAGAAAGACAGAGUACAUCUCCACAGAGUUUAACAGAUAUGGUGUUUCCAACGAGAAAGUGGAAGUCAAAAUCGGCGUGUCUGUCAAACAGCAGUUCACAGAAGAAGAGAUCUACAAGGACAGAGACAGCCAGAUUUCUGCUAUUGAGAAAACAUUUGAGGAUGCACAGAAAUCGAUCGCACAGCACUACAGUAAACCCAGAGUUACUCCUGUGGAGAUAUUGCCCGUGUUUCCGGACUUUAAGAUGUGGAUCAACCCGUGCGCUCAGGUCAUCUUCGAUUCUGAUCCAGCUCCUAAAGACAUAUCGGCCCCAGCUGGAGUGGAGAUGAUGUCCCAGGCGAUGAUCAGAGGAAUGAUGGACGAGGAGGGAAAUCAGUUCGUAGCUUACUUCCUGCCCAAUGAGGACACACUUCGCAAACGCAAGCGAGACUUCGAGGAGGGACUGGAAUACAUGGCAGAUGAUGUUUAUGACUACAAGAUUGCACGAGAAUACAACUGGAACGUCAAAAACAAAGCCAGCAAAGGUUAUGAGGAGAACUACUUCUUCAUCUUCAGAGAUGGAGAUGGUGUUUACUACAACGAGCUGGAGACCAGGGUGCGCUUGAGUAAGAGAAGAGCCAAAGCUGGAGCACAGUCCACAACCAAUGCAGUGCUGGUUUGUAAGCACAGAGAUAUGAAUGAGAAAGAGCUUGAAGCUCAGGAAGCACGUAAAGCUCAGCUUGAGAACCACGAACCUGAAGAUGAAGAGGAAGACAUGGACAAAGACAUGCAGGAUUCCGGCGAUGAAAAGGAGAAAGGAAGCGGCAGUGAGGCAGAGAACUCCGGCAGCGAAUCCGAACGGGAAGACGAAGAGCGGGAGCAGAGCGCGGAGGAGGACGAGGACAACGAAGCCAGGCGCAAGAGGCGGAGGAAGUCGAGCGCCAGCGGCAGCGAAAGCGGCGAGGAGAGGACCAGGGAGAUGCGGGACGAGGAGGAGAUCUUCGGGAGCGACGACGACAGCGACGACAACGAGCCCAAGAAUUCGGCCAGGAGCAGCGGGGAGGAAGGCAGCGAGAGCGAGGAGGAGGAGGGCGAGAACCGGAGGGGCAGCAGGAGUCGCAGCGCCUCCCCUGCAGCCAGCAACCACAGCAGUGACCGGUCAGAGGCGCACGCUCAGAGUGGAAGCGGAAGCGAGAGAGCGUCGGACUCCAGUGAUGCUAGUGACAGCGAUUAAGAGCAAAACUUUAGUUUUCUGUCUGUUCAGGAUUAUAAGCAUGUGUCCUCCACAGUCACUUCAUUAGUGUAGCAUGAAUUAAGAUUUUCUUUAAUCCACUUUUUUUAUUCCUUAGAUUUCUGUCCGUCAAUACAACACGAUUUGAUUUAAAAUACUGAUUUCAAUACAGUUAUUGAAACUGAUAAUAAAUUGUUGGUGACAUUUUUUUUCACAA